GCUGUUGCUGCUUCAGAAAUUUCCGUUUUUCAUUGAGAAAGGUCAGCGGUCGAAGUUUUUUUACGACCAGGAGCAGCAGGAGUCCAGCAAGAAGAUCUUCUGCAUCCUGUGCGAGAUGGUUCCCGAACAUGUCAUCCUGCCGAUGCUCAAGAGCCGGAGCCCUGUGGACCGUCGACUGUCCAUUCUUUUCGUGAUGAUCGAGAACUUCGACGAGCAGGCACGAAUCCUUGGGCCGGAGAACCUCAUCAAGUUCCUCAACAAUCAGUUCACGAUGAUGGACGUCAUCUGCUCGAACCACCAGGUCACGAAGAUCGAGACAGUUGGUGAAGAAUACGU